AUGUCUCGUUAUUGGGCCGCCCAUAAGUCUCAAAAGGAAACAGAAAAGGAAAGAAGAAAAAGAGAGAGAAAAAAAAACCGCGCCUGCUCUCAUGCGGAGGCGGGAAUCAAGAUGCCGCCGCCGCCGCCGCCGUCGUUCCCGUCGCUGGACGCCUUCUACCUCCACCUCCUCCGCGGCUGCACCUCGCUGCGCCACGCCGCCACCGUCCAUGCCCACGUCGCCCGCGCCCACCCGGCCGCCUCCCUCUUCCUCCGCAACUCCCUCCUCUCCGCCUACCGCCGCCUCGGGGGCCCACUCCCCGCGCGCCGCCUGCUCGACGAAAUGCCCCGCCGCAACGCCGUCUCCUUCAACCUCCUCAUCGAUGCCUACGCCCGGGAAGGGCUCGUUUCCCUCUCGCUGGAGACCCUCGCGCGGGCGCGGCGCGCGGGGGUCGGUGUCGACCGGUUCUCGUACGCGGCCGCGCUCGCCGCGUGCUCGCGGACAGGGGGCCUGAGGUCGGGCAAGGCCGUUCACGCGCUGGCCGUUCUUGACGGUCUUUCCUGCGGGGUGUUCGUCUCCAACUCGCUUAUCAGCAUGUACGCCAGGUGCGGCGACAUGGCUGAGGCGAGGCGUGUCUUUGACAUUGCCGAGGAGCGGGAUGACGUCUCCUGGAACUCGUUGGUCUCUGGGUACGUGCGCGCCGGUGCACGAGACGAGAUGGUAAGCGUGUUUGCUAUGAUGCGCCGCUGCGGGAUGGGUCUGAAUUCGUUUGCUCUUGGGAGUGUCAUCAAGUGUUGCUCUGGCCACGGAGACGGGGCAAUGGACGUUGCUGAGGCAGUUCAUGGAUGUGUUGUAAAGUCUGGGUUGGACUCUGAACUGUUUCUUGUGAGCGCCAUGAUUGACAUGUAUGCCAAGAAAGGCGCUCUAAUGGAAGCUGUUGCGCUCUUUCGGUCAGUGCAAGAGUCCAAUGUGGUUGUGUUCAACGCUAUGAUUGCCGGUUUCUGUCGCACUGAGACUGUGAUCGGUAAGGAAGUUGCAAGUGAAGCGCUAACUCUGUAUUCAGAGGUGCAAAGUUGUGGGAUGCAGCCUACUGAGUUCACGUUCUCCAGUGUUUUACGGGCGUGUAACCUUGCUGGAUACCUUGAAUUCGGGAAACAAAUACAUGGCCAGGUGCUUAAGCACUGUUUUCAGGGAGAUGAUUUCAUUGGUAGCGCACUCAUUGAUUUGUACUUCAACUUUGGCUGUAUUGAAGACGGAUUUAGGUGUUUCAGAUCCAUACCUGAGCAUGAUAUUGUCACAUGGACAACUAUGAUUUCUGGGUGUGUUCAAAAUGAACUUUUUGAGGAGGCGCUGAAUUUGUUUCAUGAAUCUUUAGGUGCUGGAUUGAAACCUGAUCUUUUCACUAUAUCAAGUGUGAUGAAUGCAUGUGCAAGUUUAGCUGUUGCAAGGGCUGGUGAGCAGAUCCAGUGCUUUGCCACAAAAUCUGGUUUUGAUCGGUUCACUGUCAUGGGAAACUCCUGCAUGCAUAUGUAUGCAAGGUCAGGAGAUGUUGAUGCUGCAACUCGGAGAUUUCAGGAAAUGGAAUCACAUGAUGUUGUCUCUUGGUCUGCAUUGAUAUCAAGCCAUGCACAGCAUGGUUGUGCAAGGGAUGCAUUACAUUUCUUCAAUGAAAUGGUGGAUGCAAAGGUGGUGCCAAAUGAGAUUACUUUUCUCGGUGUCCUUACUGCCUGUAGCCAUGGAGGAUUGGUUGAUGAGGGACUCAGGUACUAUGAAAUAAUGAAUAAGGAAUAUGGGUUGACUCCAACCAUAAGGCAUUGCACUUGUGUUGUUGAUCUUCUUGGGCGAGCUGGGAGACUAGCUGAUGCUGAGGCCUUUAUAAGCAACUCAAUCUUCCAUGCUGACCCAGUCAUUUGGAGGUCAUUACUGGCCUCGUGUCGGAUUCAUGGAGAUCUGGAGAGAGGUCAACUUGUUGCAACUCGGUUAAUGGAACUAGAGCCUGCUUCGUCAGCAUCCUAUGUAAUUCUUUACAACAUGUACCUGGAUGCUGGAGAGCUCUCGUUAGCUUCAAAAACUAGGGAUAUGAUGAAACAGCGAGGUGUGAAGAAAGAACCUGGCCUUAGUUGGAUUGAACUGAAGUGUGGAGUUCACUCUUUUGUUGCUGGUGACAAGUCCCAUCCAGAGAGCAGUGCAAUAUACACAAAACUGGCCGACAUGCUUUCCAGGAUUGAGAAGUUGACAAACACUGGUACUGAAAUCCCUAGAAGGGAGCAAAAUUUGAUGAAUUGCCAUAGUGAAAAACUAGCUGUGGCAUUAGGAAUUAUUCACUUGCCUCAGUCAGCACCUAUAAAAGUAAUGAAGAACUUGAGGGUUUGCCGUGAUUGCCACUUGACAAUGAAACUGAUAUCAAAGAGUGAAAACAGAGAAAUCAUCUUGAGAGAUCCAAUUCGCUUCCAUCACUUUAGAGAUGGUUCUUGUUCCUGUACGGAUUACUGGUAGUGACUCAUACAAUGGUUAUAAAGUGAAUUAUUGGAUUUGUACCUUCCAGACAGCCCCAAGGGGACACUUGGACAGCGUUGAAUAUGUUCAGUAGAGAUCCAGCCAAAGCCCUGCAAGUAAGUUCUUAAAAAAAGAACAUUCAGAAGAGAUCUAAUUGGUACAUGUGUCUUGGUUUCUGGAAAGUGGGCAAUCAGCAUGAACCAUCGUUUUUUGGGGUAAUUCUCUGCUUGACGACAUGGAGUCAUGGAUCAUGGUUCUGUAACCAGACUACCAGAGACUUAUUACAGGUAUUAUUCGUGAGAUUACGCUGCAUUCUUCUGUUGUUAUCUGACUAAGGCCGAAUGGAGUUGAUUCACUUAACUAAUAACCAGUGAAGAUGAGAGUACUUUGUACAGGCGAAUGGUAUCCCCAUUUUCUUCAUUUGUUGAAGCACGAUGUUAUUCCUGAGCUGAUUCUAGUUACCCUAACCCAUCGACCAUCUGUUUACAGAUGCUGUACAAAUUGAAAAGAGAGUUCAUUCUAUAAAGUUUACAUGCACUUUAUUUACUAUAUAAAUUUCGC